GUAUGGACUCUAUGGGCACACACAUACAGACAAGUCAGCGUAUUUUGUACCACCCAUCAUCAUCAUCAGGCAGCAUGCAUCCAUACAUACAUGCAAGCCAUUUAUAAAGUCACGUUUUUUUGACUUUCGAGGGUCAGUCGCUUCACACUGCUGCUUCACUCCAAGAGCCACCUGGAACAUCACACACUCGCCAACCCCAGCACAGAUUAUCAGCUGAGCAAGAUGAUGAAGGACCACAAGGAGCAGACCUACUGGCAGGAGACAGGUCGAUGGGAAGGCCACGAGGAGAGCUUUGACCCCCAGUCCGGGGUGUGGACGACUUCGCAUGUCUCCUACCUCACCUUCAAGAGCCUGGUCCAGCUGCGACGCUCCAUGAACACAGGUGUGAUGCUUUUCAACAGUGAGGAGAAGACCUGGGCCAGCAUGGGUGAGAAGAUGGUCGCUGAGAUGCUCAAACUGAAGCAGAUCAGACCAGGAGACCAGGAGGGGGUGAUGAAAUCCCUCCUCCAGAACCGCAGUCAACAAGUUGAUCCUGAGAGUCAAGCCUUGACCGAUGGAGUGGAUCUACGCAGAUUUUCAGUCAAGGAAAGGAGGGAUGAAUGUGACCGUGUGGAGGCCUCCAUGGUGUUAGUAGGAGCUUUGGACUUCCUGGAAAAGCCUGUGGUUGUGUUUGUGCGUCUGAAAGAAGCGACGCCGCUCGACUCCACCUUGGAGGCUCCGGAACCUCUGCGCUUUGUCUUUGUGCUGAUUGGGCCGAGCAAUGCUGACAUGGAUUACCACGAGACUGGACGAGCCAUGGCGGCGCUAAUGGCUGAUAAAGUGUUCAACCAGGCGGCAUUGCGAGCUAAAAAUCUGCGAAGCCUAAUCGACGCUAUGGGCGACUUCAUGGACUGCAGCAUUGUCAUCCCACCCACUGAGAUCCAAAGUGAAGCCAUGCUCAGCUCCAUCAUAAACUUCCAGAAGAAGUUACUCCAGGAGAGAUUCCACUCAUCUGAAUCCAUGCUGGACAGCAAGCCUCGCCAGGGUAUGGCUGCAUUAACUACCAUCUACGGACAAAAGCAUCCACCUAAUAAAGAUUUCUUUCCUGCAGUUUCCUUCUGUACCGGAACUCCGCCUGAAGAUCCUCUGGCCCGCACGGGUCGACCCUUUGGUGGGAUGAUUCGAGACGUUAAAAGACGCUACCAGUACUACAAGAGUGACAUUAAAGAUGCUCUCAACGCUCAGGUUCUUGCUGCCAUCAUCUUCAUCUAUUUUGCAGCGCUCUCUCCUGCCAUCACCUUCGGUGGUCUCCUAGCUGACAAGGUAGAGAACAUGAUGGGCGUUCCGGAGCUUCUCAUCUCAACAAGCAUCCAGGGCAUCAUUUUCUGCUUUGUUGCUGCCCAGCCUGUGCUUGUCAUUGGCUUUUCUGGUCCUCUGUUAGUAUUUGAAGAGGCCUUCUAUGCUUUCUGCAAGUCCCAGGACAUUGAGUACAUUGUCGGGCGAGUGUGGGUGGGUGUGUGGCUGGUCAUCAUCGUGGUGAUCAUUGUAGCCUGCGAGGGAAGCUUCCUGGUGCGCUUCAUCUCCCGCUUCACCCAGGAGAUAUUCUCCAUCCUCAUCUCCAUCAUCUUCAUCUACGAAACCUUUGCCAAGCUCGCAAGGAUCUUCAAGGCCCACCCGCUGAUACUGAAUUACGAACAUCUGAAUGAGUCAAUAGAAAACCCCUGGCGCCCAAGGGUGGAACAAACGAUCAUGUACGACAACGACACUGGCAACGCCACCAUUAUCGUCAACACUAUUAAGCCACCUUACCCCAACACGGCUCUGCUGUCCAUGUGCCUCAUGUUUGGCUGUUUCUUUAUCGCCUACUUCCUGCGCCAGUUCAAGAACGGCACCUUUCUGCCUGGAAAAGUCAGACGUUUAAUAGGUGACUUUGGUGUGCCCAUUGCCAUUUUCCUCAUGAUUGUCGUAGACUACAGCAUUGACGACACCUACACUCAGAAACUAGUGGUCCCUAAAGGUCUGAUGGUGUCCAAUCCGGCCAAAAGAGGUUGGCUCAUCAAUCCAUUUGGAGAGCGCACCCCCUUCCCUGUAUGGAUGAUGUUUGCAUGCUGUGUCCCGGCCUUGCUCGUGUUCAUCCUCAUCUUCCUGGAGUCACAAAUCACAACCUUGAUCGUGAGCAAACCUGAGAGGAAGAUGGUCAAAGGCUCCGGGUUCCACUUUGACCUCCUCAUCCUGGUGGGCAUGGGUGGCAUCAGCGCAAUAUUUGGCGUGCCGUGGCUCAGCGCCGCCACUGUGCGCUCCGUCACGCACGCCAAUGCCCUCACAGUCAUGAGCAAAGGGCCCAAACCUGUGAUCGAGAGAGUGCUGGAGCAGAGGAUCAGUGGCAUUGUGGUAGCUCUGCUGGUUGGUCUGUCCAUUCUGAUGGAGCCCAUCCUCAAGAUGAUCCCCAUGUCGGCCUUGUUUGGGAUCUUUCUUUACAUGGGAGUUACAUCACUAAACGGCAUCCAGCUGUGGGACCGGAUGCUGCUUCUCUUAAUUCCUAAGAAAUACCAUCCAGAUGAGCCGUAUGCUACCAGAGUGAGCACCGGCAGAAUGCACUUGUUCACGGGCAUCCAGAUUGUGUGCCUUGCUGUUUUGUGGAUUGUCAAGUCCAGUCCAGCGUCCCUUGCACUUCCAUUCAUUCUCAUUCUUACCAUUCCCUUACGCAUGAUCAUGACCGGGCGUCUCUUCACUGAGCUGGAGAUGAAAUGCUUGGAUGCUGACGAUGCUAAAGUGACGUUUGAGGAGGAGCCGGGACAAGACGUAUACUGGGAAACACAGAUGCCAUUGUAGACUGCCACAAUAAUAAAAACAAACGUUACUAUGUUUAAAUAUGACAGAAUUAAAGAGUGCAAUUAGUUUUUCCAUUGAAAAGUGGGUCCAGAUUAUUUUUUAACAUUAAAUGUAAUUUCUAUAUGGCCAAUAUUUUAAUGUUGUCUCAAAAGGUCCACUAUUAGUAAUAUUAGUAAUUUACGCAAUUGUGAAAACAACAUAAUAUACAAAAGACAUGUGAUGUCUUGUUUUUUUAAACAUUGACAAUACAUUAA